UUAAAGGUAGUUUAAAUAAAAUUAAGUCCAUUUUAAAUAUUUAAGCACAGCAAAACGUGACAAAAUUUCAACGUCAAUGGACAUGUCGGAAUUCACCAGUGCAAAUAAAUGAAAAAGUAAAGUAAAAAGUAAAGUGUAAAAAUAAAAAAAUUUAAAUAAAAGAAGGCAAUCGGUAAGGCCGAACGAAAAACGGAGAACGAAACAAAUUUUUUCGGAACCUAUGUAUUUUACGAAUUUCCAAAUGUGUGAUGAAAUGUAAAAGAAUGAAGCAUAGUUUUAGGUAAAGUGGCCCCAAGAGUUUUAAACAAAAAGUUAUUGAUAUUUGAGCUUAAGAAAUCUUAAAAUACAAAAAAAAUUUCGGUGUAAAUUGGGCGCCCAUAGAUUUCUAUUUGAAGCGAAGAAGGCUGCAUGACAAAAUGUCCAAUGUGUCAAAUAAACCCAAACUAAAAGUUGUGCAAAAUAGUUUGUGCAGACUUAUAGACGUGCGAUCAUGAAAUAAUCGAAAAGAAGUAUCAAACUUUUAAAAAUAAAUAAAGUUAACGAGCUCCAACCAAAGAGCAUGCCAACUGAAUCAGGCAAUAAUUUAAUUAAUACAAUUUUUCAAAAUACUGAAUUUUAAAACAGAUACAUAUGUGCACAAGAGUGUAAAAAGUUUCUUUUUAAUAUUUCUGUUUAAAACUGCUCAAACUUUCAGUUUAUUGAACAACAAAAGUUAUUUCAAAAUAAAAGUGAAAGUAAAUAAAUAAAUAGUACCGGCAGAAAACUUAAAAGUUAGCAAACGGUAGAGCACAUAAAGUUUUAAAACCCAACAAAAUGUACGCCAGCAGUAAGACGCGGCGAAAACUCUUCAUCACGCCGUGCGUGUUGACAUCACUGGCAAGCAAAGUGCGAUUCGCGCAUGUUUUGCUCUCUCUACUCGUAAGCAUUACGCUUCUUAAGACGACGGAGAGCUUACCGGCAGCUAAAAUGGGCACACAGCUUAAGUGGAUAAUCAACGACGCCGAGGAGCUGCUGCUGCAACCGCAAAAACCCGCGCAAGCGGAAGUAGCCGCGAGUCACCAACCAACGGCCGACGAGCCUGAAGAUCAUUUCAAAUUAUAUCGCAGCGAACUAAAGCGUCUCUCGUACGAGACCAUACAUCGGAUAUUGCGCGAUGAAAACGAACCAAUCUAUAGGCGCGAGGAUGCGGAGUAUCGAUACUAUCAGAAACGCUCAUAUCAACCGAGUCAUGAAGUUGUGCGACGUGCGGCUGACGUGCCCGAAAUGACGAAAGCGGCACCGGUAGUAGUGCCAGCUGCAAAACAACAAGGCUUACCACAUACGCUGAAGCAGUCGAACGCUCAACUGCGUACAUACGAUGCUGCGCACGAUUACCAAGGCAAUCACAGCACGAUAUAUAACCUGGAUCUGAGUAACAAUCAACUGCAAAGAGUCAAUCUCAGUGCAUUCACGUCACUGCAACUGGUGAAUCUAUCAAAUAAUUCACUCACUGCUUUACCAAUCACCCAAAAUGAGCAUACAAUCACAACGCUCAAUCUGAAUGACAAUCAAAUCGCACAAGCCUCGGAUGUGCGUAGUUCAGUGCUACGUGAAUUACAUCUGAGCGGCAAUGAAAUCACACAAUUAGCACAACUUAAUCUCUCCAUGCUGACGGCGCUCGAAACACUCGAUCUUUCUUGUAAUGGUAUUAGCGAACUUGAGACCGCGUUCUUUCCGCAGCGCAUGCAUAAUCUAAAACAUCUCAAUUUAGCGCAUAACCGCAUUGGCACCAUUUAUCGCGAGACCUUCUACAAUUUGCUCAGUUUGAAUACGUUGCUCUUGAGUUACAACAACAUCAGCGAUAUUGACUAUGAAACAUUUUUGGCUUUGCCGAAUCUGCAAUAUCUAGACUUGUCGCAUAAUCAGUUGCGUGGCGAGGCUAUACGCGCUCUGCAGGGUAUACCCGAUUUGGUGCGGCUCUCCAUAGCUUAUAAUCCAGAAGUGGGUGCAGCAAUGCAAGAAUUUGUAGCCUCAUGGAGCUUGAAAGAAUUGGAUGCAAGUGGCACGGGCUUGUGUCAAAUACCAGCAGCGUUGGCUCUAUCUGUGCGAACUCUUAAGCUGACGGACAAUUGGCUGAAGAUUAUCAAUUGUGGUGACUUGGAUAGCUAUCCGCUGCUGCAAUACCUCGACCUUUCUCACAGUCGCAUUGAAGACAUCGAAGACGAUGCACUUGGCCGCCUGGAGAUACUCGAAACACUUUUUCUAGACCACAAUCGCUUGCACAAAGUGCCCAGCAGCUUACCCACCUCAGUGGAGCAUCUAUUCCUGCAUAACAACGAGAUUAUGGACAUACAAGCACAAAGUUUCCAAGGACUCAAUAAUCUACAAACACUCGAUCUCUCGGGCAAUAAAUUACUAUAUUUGCCCGCGCUACCGCUACCCAAACUGCUGACACUCAAUUUGCGCUCAGCCGGUUUGCGUGGCGUCAGCCAAGCCAUGGUGCACACACUGCCGCGUUUGCGUGACCUGCUGCUCGAUGAGAACCCAAUUAAAUGCAGCGAUUUGCUGAGUAUUGCAGAGUGGGCGAGUCCGUGUCGAGCUGUAGAGCGCGGCGGCAGCCGUCCUGCUUUGGACGUUAUUGAGGGUAAUGGUGUUAUGGACGAUUUUAGUGUAGCGGUGGAAGAGGUGGGUGAUAAUCGCGUUGGCGGCGGUGAGCAAAUAAUUUCAAAAAUUACAUCGGCUGCAGCAGUAGAUAAAUUGGGUCAACAGCUGAUGGUGGAUGAUGACGGAGAAGGGUUGUCCGUGACGUCCGCAGACACAGCCACAGCCGCAGAUAUCGAAUUAAAACAAAAGUUUGUGCGAAUGCACAAUUUUUUCGAAAAGUUUAGGAGUAAUUGCGACGCAGAUAGACAAAUGACGGCAGAUGGGGGCGUGAAGGAGAUGGCAGAGAGUGCAAGCGUGGCAUUCACGGCAGCGCCACCCACUUGUGCUGUCGAGUUCGAUACAGAUAGCAGCGAACAGACAGCAGUGGAGAACAUGGCGAAGGCAGAGCGCGUAAGGACGUACGGAGGUGAUGUAGUCGCAUUCAAUUUAAAAAGCGAAGAUCUACUACAUGCGGAAGCACCAGCCUUGAAAGCGCAACAACAAGAAACCGUCGGGGUGAAGCAAAAAAAUUUGGAAGCAGAGCGUGCCAAGGCAUUGCAGGGCAAUGGCUCAUGGACGAGGAAGUCAAAGAAAGAUGGCAAGAUGAGCUUGAGAGCUGAGACAAAACUUUUCAAGUUUAAUCAAAAGAACUUUACGGCAGAAAGUUCAGCGGGAAUAAUAAUAACAACAACAACAACAACAAAUACAAACAGAGCAGUCGGUUUCGAUUACAAAGCGGGUGCUGGCAUAGCGACAACAGCAACAACAACAAUAACCGAAAAAAUUCCAUCAGCCUUGCCUACCGCAAGUCAGCGAAGUAAAAUGUUUGCAACAAUAACGGCUCCCUCACCAAUAAUGGAAUUGGACAUCAGCGAGAACGACAACAACAACAACAUUAACGCAACCUCAGCAAGCCCAAAAACUUUGUGGCAACUUACAACUGUUGCCACGGCUAAUUUAUUGAGGCAACAAAUUUCACCAACAAAACCAACGACAUCAGCUAUAAACAGCAGCAACAUGAUGAGCACGGAAACUGCGGCAGCAAAAAAUGAGAAUGCAACAAGAACAACAACAACAUAUAUGCCUGUCACUAUGCUUGCAAAAGAGGAUAUGAAAGAGCAACUGAAUAAAGAAGGGAAAACAACAACAACAACAACACAAAUCGUUACUAAUGUAGCAACGACAAAAACAAAUCCAAUAGAAUUUGAGAUGCUUACAACACCGUCGCAAAAUCAAAGGGAUCAGCAACAACAUACAGCAACACCAACGAUGACAAAAACAACUACGGAAGCAACAACGAGGCUCAACAUGUCGAGAAACACCAGCACAGCAACAACAAAGGCAGAGAAAAUUUCACCAACCGGCAGCAAUGCCACGUUAACAACAACAACAACAACAGUCGCAAUAACGUUUUCAUCAGCAAAAACAACACGAAAGCCAAUAACGGACCCCAUACUACUCCCAGCAAGUGCUAAAUAUUUACAAAUGAAGGGAGCACCCGCUAGCUCUAGCAGUCACUUGGCGCCACCAGCGGUAUCCGCACAAUAUGUUGCAACAACAAAGUCGAGAAAUGUCGAAGAAACGACCAUAUUUGGGGCGGGAAGCCACGAACCACCACUUAAGGAUCAACAGCUGCAUGAAAAUAAAAUAAACGAGACGAAAAUACCGAAAGUUUUUGACGAAAUAAUAACAACAACGCCAAAAAAUAUGCAACAACUCUCCACGACAGCAAUUAUAGCAAAGAACUCGCCGCCCCAACCGAAAGUAGAUAUCAAUAUAAAACAAAACAACAACAAGACUGAUGGUCAUGAAGAGAAGGCAAGCAAGCAACACAACCCUGCCACUACGAAGGAACACGAAGCGAAAGGAGCAGCGGAAACAAAAGCAGCGGCAGCUGAGAGCUUGGAGCAGGUGGCAACUAAGCCAAAGGCUGUAACCCACUUUUGGCAGCAACAUAACUUUAAACGAGCCAACCCGUCUCCAAGCGACAAUUUCGGCCGUCGCCAAGAGCCGGAGCACGAGUUGGAAACAAGGGGCGGGCAGACAAAGCAGACGAUGGAAGAUGUAAGGAUCACCGAGCAUACACUUUGUAGUGAUACAACAACAGCAGAAAGUGAACACAUCCCUGCGACGACCCCAUCAUCAACACCAACGCCACACAAGCACGAGCCUCUGCAGCUGCACAUACGAGAUCGACAUUUAAUUGGAACUCCAUUGCUCAUGCAUCGCGGCGACAAUAUUCUGGUGGAGGCGGCAGACGCGCUACGGCAAGUGACAGUAACUGCAAAAACAACAACAACAAUUGCAAUAGCCAAACCAACGACGAAGACAACUAAAAGUUUGGCCGAAAAGCAAACUACGAAAUCAGGCCAUCGCACCGAUGGGGAGAGGGAGGACGAAGCACAGUCGCAUACCUUUGUCAACCAAAUACAGGCAGUGGAAGCAAUAAAUAGAAAUGUAAAGCUGAACGAUGAGGAGCAAGGCAAAUUGAGCGCCAAUAUGAAAACAGCAGCAGUAGAAAGUAGCACCGAAACCACAACGGACGUCGCAAACAAGGCACAACUCAAGCCAACGACCGGCGUAGGCUUGCGAAACGGUGAAAACAUGCUAACACCUAAGGGGGUGAUGAGAAAGCAUGACGACAUUGCCGGCGGCGGCAACAGUGGCAGACGCAAGCCAACGUUGAUUAUGAAGAAAAUGACAAUACAAACAAAACAUACGCAACAAACACAAAUGCCGCACCACCACACGCUGAAUACGCCGCGCGAGAAUGAGGUGAUGCAAGGCGCGCACAAAGAAGCGCGAAAUAACGACGCGCGAGAUGCACUGACAAGCAAAUUACUAAAGGCCGACAGCGAGUGGCAGAACAAUGGCGAGGAGGCAGCGGCGCUAUUACAACCGCAACACAAGCACAGCACCGUAAAUACACCAAUCAUAAGAGACCGAAAUAACCACGCACAUUUGUUGUCCACACUAUCCCAAGCAAACGCCGAUACUGAACACGCACCCGAUGCGCCUAAAGCACAGCACUCGAUCAGCAAUCAGCACAGCGCCGACUAUUCACCACUGCAACUGCAAGAGCACGCCGCGCUGCACACGACACAAACGCAAAAGUGGUUGGGCACACGUCACGUAGAUGCCAGCAGCGCACACCCCGCGCUCGUCAUACUACUAUCUUUCUCGCUACUCGCCUUGCUCUUGGUCGGUCUAAUGCAUGUCUAUCGCUGCGAUGUGUUGCCAUGGCGACGUCAUCUAUUAUCCCAUCAACAGCGGCCACAUUUGCAACGUCAAUUCAAUAGCGCUGCUGGCGAUGAUGACGUGCACAGUUUCUUACAGUAUCACAACAAUGGUGCCGGUCAACAGCAGCAACAGCAACAACAACAAUCUGCGCCGCCACGCUGGCAUCACGGCACACGUUCGCGUGCAGACUACAGCUCACCGCUGCACAAUUUGCAUGUACGCGAAUUGCAAAAGACAUCCGCAGUCGAAGCGGAGGCAGCAGCACGCAUAACACGCAGCUAUUAUGACGUUCAACCUUAUGCGAAAUCGGCGCGCCGUAAUGGUAGUACUGCAAGCAGCGCCAGUGGUGGCAGCGCGGAUAUUUCACGUCACAGCAGCAGCAGUCUCAGCAGCACGCAUUCAUCCUGCUCAGCGGCAGCGGCGGCGGGCAUGCUGGAUGCGGACGAUACAUUCUACGUGGAAAUGGCCGCAGAGUGCGCGCAGUUGAGCGCUAGCGAUGCGAUACACUGUGACAUGUUACCGAUGGAGUUGUUGACCGCAGCGUCAGCAUAUCAGCACGAGGUUGAGCGCGAGACUGAUACAACUGUGCAUGAAACUGAGAGUUUAACGCUGGGCGGCGGCAAGCAGGCGGCGCAGAAUGCGCGCACAGCGAUUCAUGGUGCCAAGGCGUGCGGCAACCAGUCAGCAACAACAACAACGGCUGCAACAAAGCUGCAGCAAUGGCGCAGUAGUAACAGCACGCUGUUCAACAACAAAAAUGGCAGGAGUAAAAGGGGCGCAAAAGCGGUGGGUGUGUCGUCGUCGUCUUCGUCGGCGACUAGCCGCAAAUUCGAUUUGUGGUGACAAUCGAUGUUUCAGCGACAAUAUGCACCAUUUCAAUAAAUGUCGAAAACAAAACAACAACAAUAAUUAAGCGGUUGCAGAUAAGGUGUUGAUAGUCUUAAAAGUCAAAAAUAAAAAAAAUUAUAUAAAAGGAAGAGAAAAAUCGUUUUAAAAAUAAAGGAAGAAGAUUACAAUUCCAAAUAAAAUAAGACAACUUCAAAGAUUAGUGUAAAUUUGAAUUGAAAAGAAGUUACGAGUCUGUAGAAAUAAGGAGAGGUAUUUUAUUUAAGGGCCGCGCUUUGAUGUAAGUAUAGACUUUAGAAGAAGGAAAUACGUUAGUGAUAGGCAGUUGUAUAGUAUCUAAUAUAAUAAAACGUUUAAUCUUUACCGCAAUAUGAGUAUAUUACAAAAUAAACAAUUUGUGAGUAAAAAGAUAAGAAGCCAAAUUUACAGUACAGUUAGAUACAUAUAUAUAAAUAAACAUAUAAUGUAAAUGAAAAAAUUAUUUAAGUCAACCAAUAAUAGAAAAAAUUGGUGAAGUAAUUAAUUUAGAAACAAUUUAAUCUUCCAACUGUAAUAGGAUACAUGAAAACAAUAAA